GAAGAAGAACAAUGAAGACAUUAGUUAGUUGUUUCAUACUGUUAAGCAGUUUUGAAUUUAAUUUGAGUUUUCCAGUAGGACGUAGUGACUCCGGGUUGAUACUGAUUCCUCUCAGUGCUUUACGAUUGAAUAAUCAACCGAGAGGUCCGUUGGAUUUUAUAGGAAACUGGAUCCAAUCCUCCAGUUUUUUCCCCAUAGAAAUCAACAUACCCGAUACGUUUUCGGCAGUGGGUAAUACCAUCGGAGGUUGGGCUUCGAACGUCGGCAACUUCGCUCAAAAUGUCGGGUCUACUUUACAGGGUGUCACUCAAAAUGUGGGUAACGGUAUUCAGAGCUUCGCUCAGGGUUUGACGCAAAAUGUACCGUUAGUGGGUGCUUUUGUUAGACCGAAUGGAAGUGCUACUCAGAGAAUUUUCAUUUUGAUUCCUCAGAGAAAUGAUCGCGGGAAUUUUGAUUCGGGAUAUGACGCAAUGGAUAUUUUUCCGUAAUUUUUUUUUAAAUCAGAGUCAAUUUGUUGUUUUGAAAUUUUAUGUGACACCCUGUAUAUCAACGAAAUAUUUAGAUCGUAAAGUUUGUUUGUGAGAUCGUAUGAAAAAAACUUGAAAAUUUAAGAAAAGGGGAUUAGAAAUAAUUCAAAAUUACCGCAAAAAUAACUUUUUGAAAAUAUCUCGAAAUUUUGAAAAAAUGUGAGAAAACUUUUCAAAUGAAAAA